CGGAGCGCUCCGGAGCGCCCCUCCCGUCGGGGCGCAGAGCAGAAUUCCCCCGGGGCGGGCAGCACAGCCGGACACAGCGCUGACUCCUGUUCUGCCCAUCGGUAACCAGGCGGCUUCCGCCGCACCGUCCCGAACCUCACUACAGUUAGAACAAAGCACCGCGUCUCACGGCGUCCCGACUACGUUACAGCAGUUAGGGCCUAAGGCUGCUAUAAGUGAGACUCUCCCCGGGCUGAUCGGUUAGAACGCCGGGCAUCGAGCUGGGUACAGCAGCACGUGGGGCUGUAAAAGGGGAGUGAGGAGCGAGUAGUAUAGGGUUCAUUCUUUCUUACAGUGUCUCAAAAACCGAGUUUCCUUUCCUCAAACUUCAGAGAGUAGCGGCAGCUCUCAUUCGAUUUGUGGAAACUCCACCAUCUGUCACCAGAAUAAUCGCUCAAAGAGGCGCAGAGAGUAGAGGCGUAACAGCGGGGUUAAUUGCCGUCACCUGCCCGGCUCGGCACGCUCACAGUGCGGUCCCGCGGCUGUUGCCGUCACCUGCGGCGGGUUGAGCUGCUCGUUCCGCACCGUCCCGAGCGCGGCGGGACUUGGGGAAACUCCAGGAGCGUUUGGAACCGCAGAAAAAACACGCGAGUAGCACGUGGAGUCCCCCCGUUAGGGGACACGGCCGGGUGCUCGGAGAACUGCGGGCAGGCGGCUCCUGACAGCCUCCAUCUGCGGGGCAGACAAACACACCGGCGUUAAUUAGCAACAGGUGUGAGCUCAGAACUAAAGUAAUACUACGGCCGUUGGGCAUCUCAGGUGUUUCUUCUUUGGCUUAAUGAGAAAGGUUUUAUAACGGCGCUCGCACGCGUGGACGCUGCACAGACGGUGUUUGGAGCGUGUGAGCUGCGGGGCUGGGAUCAGCCGCGGGGCGCGGAAAAGCCGCGCACCCACAUCGCUGCGAUCGUCCUGAUACGGGGGGAGAUGGAGCUCGGAUUUUUGUUUAGUCUCGGGGGUUGGAGGCGGUGAAGCUGUGACAGACGACGAAGAUAAACGGGGAGGGGAGGAGGGGAAAAAGAGGAGGAGCGCUGAGGGCAGACACUCGCGGUGCGGUUCCCGGAGCAGCCUCGUGGCGCCCCGCCGCCCCUCGCGGAGCUGGUAUGCGGUAGGGCAGGGCCAUGUAUUGGAAGAGCGACCCGAUGUUCGUGUGCAGGCUGGAGGACAAGGACCUGCCCGCGCUCGGCGGCCCCUCGGAGAAGGAGAGCCCCGCGGCGGCCGACGAGGACUCCUGCUCUUCCUCCGCCGCCCUGUCGCCGUCCUCCUCGCCGCGGUCCAUGGCCUCGGGCUCCGGCUGCGCGCCCAGCAAGUGUAUGUGCAGCAGCUGCGGCCUGGAGAUCGUGGACAAGUACCUGCUGAAGGUGAACGACCUCUGCUGGCACGUCCGCUGUCUCUCGUGCAGUGUUUGCAGGACAUCUCUUGGGAGGCACACCAGCUGCUAUAUCAAAGAUAAAGAUAUCUUCUGCAAACUUGAUUAUUUCAGGCGGUAUGGCACCCGCUGCUCCCGCUGUGGGAGGCACAUUCAUUCUACAGACUGGGUCCGAAGGGCUAAGGGAAAUGUGUACCACUUGGCAUGUUUUGCCUGCUUCUCCUGCAAAAGGCAGCUUUCUACUGGAGAGGAGUUCGCUUUGGUUGAAGAGAAAGUCCUUUGUAGAGUACAUUACGACUGCAUGUUGGACAAUCUGAAAAGAGAAGUUGAAAAUGGUAAUGGGGUUAGUGUGGAAGGAGCAUUGCUAACAGAACAAGAUGUUAAUCAUCCAAAACCAGCGAAAAGAGCUCGGACCAGCUUCACAGCAGAUCAACUCCAGGUUAUGCAAGCACAGUUUGCGCAGGACAACAAUCCAGAUGCACAAACACUCCAGAAACUGGCAGAAAGAACAGGCCUGAGCAGGCGCGUUAUACAGGUGUGGUUUCAGAAUUGCAGAGCACGUCACAAGAAACAUGUUAGUCCUAAUCAUUCAUCUACUGCUCCAGUCACAGCAGUUCAGCCCUCCAGGCUGUCUCCAUCCAUGUUAGAAGAAAUGGCAUAUUCAGCAUAUGUACCCCAAGAUGGGACUAUGUUAACUGCCCUGCACAGUUAUAUGGAUGCUCAUUCACCUACAGCUCUUGGACUCCAGCCUUUGAUACCCCAUUCAAUGACACAACUGCCAAUAAGUCACACCUAAUUUCUUUCUGUCAGGGAAAUAAGCUAUUAAGGAUGUAAGCUUAAGUCAGUUACUGUGUAUGAAAGUUAUCAUUGGAAAAGAUAUUAAUGUUAACUUUUUAUUUAACAUUUAAAGCAUUUUCAAGAACAUUUUUGCUGCCCAGGAAUGUAAGUAUACAUUUAGCCUGCAAGACACUUUUAUGGAUUCUGCAUAAUUACAUAUUACAUUGUUUACAAGCCUUAUUAAACACCUUUUUGUAUUGUCUGGAAGUAGAUCACUCUAGUUAUGUAUUUGUUAAUUUAUUUGUCAUCAAAAGAGCACUUUGCCUAAAAGAAAGGACUGACAGUUGUGCAAAAUGUUUACAAAUCUUUGUGAGUUUGUAGCUUAUCAUUAGUUUGUAUUGGUAAGUUAUUGUUAAAAGUAUUACUUGUAUUUGAGUUGUAUACAGCCUAUAUGUUAAAGCUUAUUUCUGUGAAUUUGCAAAAAUAAAUUUUGGUUGGAAAUAUUUUCAAAAUGAACUAAAUAAAGUUUCUGCUGUAGCAUGCUAAGCAAAA